AUUUACCUUGAUGUAGUAAUUAACGACCUAAUUAGCUAGUUCCUAGCUAGCCGGUGGCUACCGAAAAGUUCUUGUGAGUAGUCAGGGAUUUUCAUAAUAUAAAUAAGACAAUGGAGAUAUCGAUAGACGAUGCUCGAAAAUGUUCUAUUUGUCUGGACAGUUUUAGAUGUCCAAAGAUGCUGCCAUGUAAACACACAUUUUGUAAGCGGUGCAUCUCAGGUUACCAAAGAAAGUAUAAGUCAGAUGACGAAUUCCAGUGCCCACUUUGUAGAACCGUAUUGGUGUUACCGGAAAACGGUGUUGCGGGAUUCUGGGAUAAUUAUUUUAUCCGGGACAUAUUCCCUGAACGUGUCUGUGAAGUCUGCAAUGCAGAGGAAGAUGACGUAGAUGAUUGUGACUAUUGUGACAAGUAUCUAUGCUCCUUCUGUGCACCUGAACAUGUAUGCAAAAGACCACGAAAAGAAAUUAAGAGACAAAGGGAGGACCCAUCAUUCCGUUCUUACUUGGAUUCUAAUUCUGACUGGGAUUCUUCCAGUGUUUCUGAGAGUAAUUCUUUAUCUAGUGAUAGUAACGAUGAACCAAUUCCCUUUGAAUUGCGUAAACAUGGACCAACAACUAUCGUGAAGACUGUUUCCAUGGAGAUUUGUAUCCAGAUAUCUGAAGAAGAAUGUAUAUCCUCUAUAUUUCAAGUAUCAGAAGACGUAUCGGCAUUUCUAACAUUUGGCGGUUUUAUUUGUCGCUUUUUUGACACGCGUGAUGGUUUAACCUUGAGUGAAAUUUCGAUUGUUGAUGGGGCUACAGAUGUUUGUGGUUCAGGGGAUGGCACAAUUUUUUCAUUACUUCGAAAUUGUUCCUUGGUUAUGAAAACGACGGGUAAUGGUGCCGAUGUGUCCGUGAUUUCUAUUAAGGAUUGCGAUCCUCUGAAAAUGUGUUCAAUUCAGCAGGAUCGAAUUCUUGUUUUGGGGAUGGGAAACCGAUCAACUAUUGUUGGGCAAAUUUUAGACAAUGGAGGCAAAGAACUCGACAAGUUUAACUUAAAUGUGGAAUUCUAUCCUCACUCUCUUGCUGUUAACGAUAGCUGUUCUGUUAUGUGUAUACUGUACGCAGAAAUAAAUUUUGUAGAUAUCAGGGGCAUGGAUGGACAUUUAAUCAAGAGAUAUUCUGGAUGCACUUUAGAGCAAAUUGAAGAAGAAUUCAAGCCACUUUCAGUUACAUCUUUCGCAGAUGACAGUUUUCUUGUGUUGAACGGGUCGACUAAAUCUUUACACAUUAUUUCACCAACAGGUGAUUUCAUGGGACUGGUCAUUUGUGAAAACUGUGAUAAACCGUGCAGUAUUUAUCGAGACAAUGCCAAUAAGAUAUGGAUAGGGGACAGUGAAGAUGGUACCCUGAAAGCCUUUGCCGUGGAUACUUACUGUAAUGUGUUUCCUGGCCCGGAAAAUAAUAUAGAAAGAUUGAAACUAAGAAAAGAUAGGUAUCAGAGGCCAUCUUACUUACAUCGAACCCCCUCUUUAUUACGCUUUAGGCGUCGACACGAACCAUUCCUGGGAUUUUCUCGGAGAUCAGGAGAUUCGUCUGAGGGAGAGGAAUUUCCUUUUAUAUAAGAUUGUCUUACUAGUAUAUGACAUUCUUUUCUCUUUCGUAAAACUCUUGGAAGUCAUUUAUAGCGUUUGUGUGUAAAGACAUGAACCAAAAUUUGAAGUGUUAAAUUGCGCCAUUAUUUCAUCUUCUUAACAGUAUAGUUUUUUAAGUACAAGUAUUCCUAGACUGCAUUUAUGUACGUUCUCUGACAGAUGCAUAUUGUACGUAAUUGCUUAAAAGCAAUAAAAUACAUUAUAACAUACUAAGAACUCGAGAGCUUCUCGGAAUUCAGAGCUGGCAUUCAACAUAAUU